GAAUGGACUCGUCGGGAGGAGUGGCGCUUUCUUCACGGAGGAGGAUCUUCUCGAGCGCAUCAAUCUGAAGACGUCGUUGCGCCUUUGCAACCAUGCAGCCAUGCAGCCAUGCAGCAAUAGCAUCUUAUCAGCCGCUCCUCGGACAUGGCGCAACCACGCUACCGCUGACCCUUGUCCCUCUAAGCUGCUCUAGCAGGGAUCGCGUCCUGCGUGUCCACGGAAAUGAGACGUAGCCAAAUCCUCGUUUCUCCAUCCCAGACCCACCAAAUCUCACCUGGCCAUGCUCUCAACUGUCCGCCUCGACCAUCGUCCGAGCCGCCAGCAUCGAGAAGCCUUUUCUUCACACCCCACCUCCCUCCCUUUUCAGCCCCGGACGCUGAAGACAGCUGAAUGAUUCCCUUCAUGGUUGCGGUUUCUCCCCCGGAAGCCCAAUCCGACCCGACCAGAAUGCAUUACACCGCGUCGCGACAACCGCCCUCGUUGCCGUCGGGCCCCUUUGUCUGUACCAACCCGGACUGUGGCAAAUCCUUUUUGCGUAAAGAACACCUUAAUCGUCAUAUGGUCAUCCAUACCAACUCCCGGCCACACAAAUGCUUCAUCUGUGGGCGCACCUUUGCCCGAAGUGACAUCCUGAACCGACAUGUGCUCCAGCAUAAUGUACCGCCCGACGGCGCCAAGCGAACCCCGUUGGCCUGCCAAACCUGCCGGCGACGCAAGACCAAAUGUGACUCCAACCACCCGUGUUCCACCUGUGCGGAUACGGGCGAGCCCUGCGUGCGGGAGCCGUCCAGUAUGCAGGCCUUUAUGCCGACGACCCGGACGCGUCGCAAGAGCGUGCUGGGGGAUCGGGUCGAUGCCCCGGAGCAAGAAGACGACGCGGACGGCGAGGGAACGGAAAUGAUCUCGAGCGCGGGGGGGACUCCCCCGCUGCAGCCAGAUUGGGUGACGCCGAUCAGUAUGACGGGGAGUAGUGUCCCGAAUAAACGUCCCGCCUCGGUGAGUGUGGAUCAAGAUCCGCUGCUGGAUCCGAGUAUUGCCAUGAUGCCGGGGAUGCCGGCUGCCAAAUCCCCGUCGGUCGAUCUAAGCGAAGCCCCUUCGUUGCUCCACUUUACAUUUGAGUCGCCUCCUCCCCGUCCGUCGGAAGCGGGGGAUCCCUUUCCGCCAGACCCAUCCUCGGAGAUGCAGAUGAGUGAGAGUCCGAGCUUCACCAGUCGAGGCUAUUCAGCAACGUCCGGGAGGAUGACGGCGACGUCCAUGACCACGCCAUCCUCCACCGGUGGCUGGCAAUUAACCGAGACGGUCGCCAGUCAAGCUCAGUUCGUCGCCACGCAAAUCAAAUUGUCCGAGUUUGAGCAUUUUCACCAAGCCUGGCCGUUUCUGCACGUGCCCACCUUUACGCCGGAGAAGCAGACGACGCUGUUGACGAGCGCCUUGGCCAACCUGUCCAUGUGGAUGCAGAAUACCUAUCGGCACCACCUGAUUCCGUAUACGAUCAAUCAAGAGCUGACGCGGGCAUUGAUGCCGAAAAUCACGGAGGAGUCGUGGACGGAGAAGCCCGCGGCGGAUAUUCCCUUGCAAACCCUGCAAGCAUUGGUCAUUACCUUGAUCUAUUCCAUUCUCGGCGAUGCCCCCGCAUCAACCUUGAACUGGGCGGCGCAGUGGACCGACAUGGCCAUCUCUACGUUUCGCCAAUUAGGGGUCCUACAUGAUCAGUGGCUCCCGGAUGAUGGACGACAAUCGGCGGAAGAACGGUGGGUUUUAUGUGAACAGAUGAAACGACUGGUGUUUGCGGUCUUACGAAUCGAUGCCUAUCUGUCCAUUAUUCUCAAUCGGCCGCCGACGAUGCGAUACCAAGAGAUCGGGCUGCCCCUGCCAGUGUCCGAGGGUCUCUGGAAAGCCGAGACGCGGGUGGCCCGGACGCAGCUGCACUGGAGUGAGCCGGCUGGCCGCGCCCGCAGUGCGUUCUGCACGAUGAUGCGCGAUGGCCUGGAUACCGCUGGGUUCGUGACGGGGUAUCUGCAGAUGCCCCAUCUGUCGCUGGAAGACAACCACUUCAGCAUCUGCUCGUUUCUGUCGGAGCUGUGGGGCGUCUGCAAGGAGGCCCACGAGGAGCACCAUCGGCACUACCGCUCUCCCGAGCGCAACCAUACCGCCGACCAAGUCAAGAUCUGGAAAGUCUAUCUGCGCGAAUGGCGCGAACAUCUCGAAAAGACGGACCACUUGGAAGAAGCGUUCUAUGCCCAAUGUCCCGGCGACAGCAACCACUUCCUGGGCUUGAACCUGACCUUGUACCACCUCGUCUCGCUCAAAUUGCACGCCAACCUGCGCCUGCUCGAGCAAAAGAAAUGCUGCGCCCACUGCCAGGAAAUUGACGUCGAGGAUGUCAUCAACACAUGGGCCCAAUCCAGCGACGCCCGCCAAGCGGUCUACCACGCCGCCCAGCUCAAACGCAUCUAUGAACACGAAAGCAUGCUCUUUAACCCGAACGACCGGCGCCUCGGCAACCCCCUCGGUCCCGCCGGGUUACUCGCCAGCGCGGUAGUUCUCUGUCUCUACAGCGCCAAGAUCACCGGCGUCAGCGCGGGUCUCCCCGUCGGCGUCAGCACGCCCGAGGGCGAUGCCCCGAAAACCCCCACCACCAUCGAACUCGCCCCGUCCCAUCUCCCGGAGACGCCCGAGUUCGAGGAAUGGAUCACCCAGGGGGGACUGGUCAGUGUGGAUGGCGUCCCGUUGAAUGCCUUCUCCCUGCCGCGCUUCUCGCUGUGGUAUCGCGAACAAUUGACCGCCAGUCCGGUGUAUUCGUCCCGGCUGAUUGCGUUUCUGCUCACGUUGACGAUAUGAUGUAUAUGAUGGUAUAAUAGAAUAGACUUUUUUGCUGCACGCGAUUCUCGUUCUUGAUCUUGGAAGCUUCACUCGAUUCACCAGACGUACAUCUGAUUCGAAUUGUAUCCUCCCUCUGCUUUCUCCUCACAGAGAUUCAUCCCGGCGUUACCCCAUCAUCAUCACCAUCACAUA